AAAACAAACAAAGCCCCAGGGACAGAGAGAGAGAGAGAGAGAGAGAGAGAAAAAGAAGGGGAUUUUUAGAGAGGGAAAGCUUAGGAGCAAUGGCAUCUAGGUUAUGGAUAUGCACGUUCGUCUUCAUUCUCUCUCUCAUCGCAGGGACAUCUGCUUCUGAAACCGAGUACACAUCUGCUUCUGAAACCGAGGACUCAGAGUCGAAAGAGUUCGUUCUGAAUCUAGAUCACUCCAACUUCCACGAGACUGUUGGCAAGCACGAUUUCAUUGUCGUCGAGUUCUACGCUCCAUGGUGUGGCCACUGCAAGAAGCUUGCUCCAGAGUAUGAGAAAGCUGCAUCUGUACUGAGUAGUCACGAUCCUCCGGUCACUCUAGCAAAAGUUGAUGCCAGUGAUGAAACGAACAAGGUACUUGCAGGUGAAUUUGAGAUUAGCGGUUUCCCCACAAUUAAGAUCUUGAGAAAUGGAGGGAAGCAUAUUCAAGAAUACAAAGGACCUCGGGAUGCUGAAGGUAUUGUUGCUUAUUUAAAGAAGCAAAGUGGCCCUGCAUCUGCUGAAAUAAAAUCCACAGAAGAUGCUAACGCUCUUAUUGAUGGCAAAAAGAUUAUUAUUGUUGGGGUGUUUUCAGAAUUCUCUGGAGAGAAGUUUGAGAACUUCACAGCUCUUACUGAGAAAUUGCGGUCUGACUAUGAGUUUGGUCACACAUUGGAUGCAAAACUCCUGCCACAUGGGGAAUCAUCAGUGACUGGUUCCAUAGUUAGGUUGUUCAAGCCAUUUGAUGAGCUUGUUGUUGAUUUUAAGGAUUUUGAUGUGGAUGCUCUUGUGGAGUUUGUUGAAGAAGCAAGUACCCCUAUUGUGACUCUCUUUAACAAUGACCCUAGCAAUCAGCCCUUUGUUAUUAAAUUCUUCAACAAUCCCAAUGCCAAGGCUAUGUUGUUUCUGAAUUUUAGCAGCGAGCUUGCUGAUGUUUUUAAAUCAAAAUGUCAUGAUGUUGCUGAGCAAUACAAAGGAAAGGGCUUAAGUUUUCUAAUGGGUGAUGCUGAGGCUAGUCAAAAUGCCUUUCAGUAUUUUGGGCUCAGAGACGACCAGGUGCCUCUUAUCAUUAUACAGACAAGUGAUGGAGAGAAAUAUCUUAAACCGAAUCUGGAGCCUGAUCAAAUUUCAUCAUGGGUGAAGGAAUAUAAGGAGGGCAAUGUGCUUCCAUACAGAAAGUCUGAACCGAUUCCUGAAGUUAACAAUGAACCUGUCAAGGUAAUUGUUGCUGACAGCCUUCAGGACAAUGUUUUCAACUCUGGGAAAAAUGUUCUGUUGGAAUUUUAUGCCCCCUGGUGCGGUCACUGCAAAAACUUGGCUCCAAUCUUGGAAGAAGUUGCUGUUUCAUUGGAAAGUGAUGCUGAUGUUGUCAUUGCAAAGAUUGAUGCCACUGCAAAUGAUGUACCAAUUGAUAUUUUCGACGUGAAAGGUUAUCCAACAUUGUACUUCAGGUCAGCAAGUGGAAAUCUGUUGCAGUACAAUGGGGGACGUACCAAAGAGGAAAUAAUUGACUUUAUUCAGAAGAAUCGGGAUAAACCUGCCCAGCAGGAAGCUGGAAAAGAUGAGCAGCAGGAACCUGGAAAAGAUGAGCUGUAGUGAAGGAAUAGCUUUCCGAUCUGUAUUAGAUCAUGCAGACAUGAACACAGCUGGAUACAUAUUUGGCGGCGAUUGUACUUAAAAACUGUACUAGCGAGGAAGCAAUGGAUCAUAUCUCUUCAUACUGCCCUCAUACUCUCUCUUAUCCUCUUUCAGUCUGAAAAUCCUAACCUGAAUAAAAUGGGAGUUCUUGUUUCAGUUCUAGGGCUAGCUUAGCUCACAAUGUAACAAUUUUGUGGCUAUAGAACUCUUGCUACUUUAAAGUUAGAGAAACAUGUUUUGAGGUAAUAUAUUUUAAGUGUCUUUUAGUUAAAUUUCAUCUUAUGAGAUUUAUAUUGCUUUUAUAAAUAGCUACUUUCUUGGAAA